UUCGUGCAUAGCCGAGGAGAUUUAGUGUUUGUCUUCUCGGAGCUGAGCUGUGUAGGUUCUGCGUUGUGUGCGUUUUGCUUGUAUAGAAUGCGGUUUCAUUCUUAGAAGUUUAUUGCAAGUAACGAGAAGAACGACAAUUUAAACGCCAGACUCGGAAAAUGAGAUAAUGAGCCGUGUGAAAGUUUCAGCUGUGUGUCACUGACUACUGUCGGGUGAGAGAAACAACCUCAGAAGUUUAGUUUUACAACUUUAAAGGCUUGCAAUGAAUUCAUAUGUGCUUCGCACAAGCCGCCUUAACCACUGUCUGAAAAACGCCUGCAAAAAUGGAGUGCAUGAGCGACGUCAGUUUCUGCAAAUGUGUAGAUCCAAAACAACAUCUGCGCCCAAAAACUUUAGCGAUUAUGAGAUCAUAAAACGGGAUUACAACAUACGAGUUCCUCAGCGGUUUAAUUUCGCCAAGGACGUGUUGGAGCAGUGGGAAACAAAAGAAAAGAACGGACAGAGGUCGUCUCUUCCAGCUCUGUGGUGGGUGAAUGACAGCGGGGAGGAGGUCAGAUGGACUUUUGAGGAGUUGGGCUUCCACUCCAGAAAACUUGCAAAUGUUCUGCAUCAGGUGUGCAGUUUGGAAAAAGGGGAUCGUGUGUUCCUCGUCUUACCCAGAGUCCCUGAGUGGUGGCUGGUUAAUGUGGCAUGUCUCCGCACAGGUACAAUUUUGAUUCCCGGCACAUCUCAGCUCACUGCUCGAGAUAUCCGCCACCGGCUGCAGGCGUCUGGGGCCAAGUGUGUGAUCACUGAUGAAACUUUGGCUCCACUGUUGGACACAGUAGCUUCAGAUUGCCCUUCCAUCUCCACAAAACUUCUGUUGUCCCACAGGUCCAUGCAUGGCUGGGGCAACCUGACCGAACUCAUGGGAAAAGUGUCAGAUGAUCAUGUUUGCGUGGACACCAGGAGUGAUGAACCUAUGACUAUAUUCUUCACCAGUGGCACAACAGGCUCUCCAAAAAUGACCCAACACAGCCACUGUAGUUACGGUCUGGGGCUCACUGUGAACGGCAGGUACUGGCUGGAUCUGACUGAGCAGGAUGUGUUUUGGAACACGUCGGACACAGGUUGGGCCAAGUCUGCAUGGAGCAGUGUGUUUGCACCAUGGAUCCAGGGAGCAUGUGUGUUUGCUCACCACAUGCCACGUUUUGAUACAAGUACAGUUCUCAAGAGUCUGAGCAGCUAUCCCAUCACCACUUUCUGCACGGCACCAACAGCCUAUCGAAUGCUCGUACAGGACGACAUAUCCAGGUUCAAGUUCAGGGCUCUUGAGCACUGUCUAUGUGCAGGAGAGCCCAUUAACCCAGAAGUGAUGUGGAAGUGGAAAGAACUCACUGGACUGGACAUCUAUGAGGGAUACGGACAGACUGAGACUGUUUUAAUAGCAGGCACAUUCAAAGGCAUGAAGAUCAAACCAGGAUCUUUUGGAAAGGCAUCACCAGGAUAUGACGUUCAGGUGGUGGGUGAAGAUGGUUCUGUUGUGCCACAUGGACAAGAGGGCGACCUUGGCAUCAGAGUCAAACCAGACAGACCCUUCUCUCUUUUCACAGAGUAUACGGGGGAGCCAGAGCGCACAGCAGAAUGUUUCCGUGGUGAUUUCUACCUGACUGGUGACAGGGGAAUGAUGGACAAUGAAGGAUACCUGUGGUUUAUUGGCAGAGCUGAUGAUGUCAUUCUCUCUGCAGGGUACCGCAUUGGUCCAUUUGAGGUGGAAAACGCUUUGAUAGAGCAUCCAGCUGUAGCAGAAUCAGCUGUGGUCAGCAGCCCAGAUCCAGUUCGAGGAGAGGUAGUAAAGGCUUUUGUAGUGCUGACAGCAGAUUAUAAAUCAAGAGAGGAUAAGGAACUGAUCAAGGAACUACAAACACAUGUAAAGACCGUCACGGCUCCUUAUAAAUAUCCACGCAAGAUCGAGUUUGUGGAUCAUCUACCCAAGACAGUAAGUGGGAAAAUCAGGCGAGUGGAGUUAAGAAAGAAGGAGUGGGGACAGCAAACCAGCUAAAUCUGGAAAUGAGAAAAGAAAUUUUGCAUUCCACCUCUUACAUGCAACAUUCCCAGAUGUCUUCCCACAUUAAUGCACCACAUUUUAGACUGAUAAAUGGAUCUACAGACCUGUAGUCGUUCAGCUCGCCUGCAGGUGGAGGCAUUUUAUAAGAAUCGAGUUGCAGACCUCAUUUCCAAUUUCAUGCAAUACACAUUUUAAUUAGUAUAAAUGAUUCUACCUCUUGUUUAAUCAUGUUUAAGUGGAGUAACUCAAAAUGUGUAAGCCUUGCAGUUCGAAUGUGUUUUAUUCUUUUAAUCUUAAACUGUAAAUCAUAUUCAAAACCUAAAUGUGAAUCAAUUUUUAACAAUAGUAAGCAUUUAUAUAAUUAAAAGAUUCUAAUUAGUUAAUAAAAGCAUUUUAGGCUGA